AUGGGAUACUAUUUAUUAGCGACAUCAGACUAUUCGGGUCCAACCGACGGACACCUUACCUUUACAAAGGGUACACGUAUAGAGUUUAUCGAGCGUGUCGAGAAUGGUAUGAUCAAAGGUAGACUCGAAGGAAAGAUCGGUCUUUUACCAUCGGCUUUGAUCACUCUUGAUACUAGACCAUUAUCUGUUAUAACCAAUCAACCAUUGGUAAAUAGAAAUCCUGAACCAACUCCAACAGUAGCAGCAGCAACACCACCACCACCAUCUACAUCGACAGUAUCAUCAACAGUAACAACACCAUCAUCUCCUUCAUCACCAGCACCCGUUCCAAAAGAACUAUCCAACAACCAAGAUUUAGAAGAAUCAUCGUCAUCAAAUUCAUCGUCAUCGAAUGACUUGGUUCAGGAAAGUGAUAGUAAAACAUCUACGACGACGACGACGACUACUACAACGACGACUGCAACGACAGCCGAUUCAUUCACACCAAAUACAUCGGCAUCCAACUUGGCAAAUCGCGAAAAACUAACAUCAUCGACCUCGUCAUUGGGAGAUUCUGGCAAUGAAGCAACCACAAACGGUGGUUCAACUUCAACCACAUCGACCAACCAAUUAUCAAACAGUAUGAACUCUUUGCAAUUAGAUGGUGCUGGACCUGUCAACCCAACCGACUCACCAUUCCAGAGUGCACCGGAAAAGAAAAAGAAAAAGGAAGAUUUGUCCACAUCGAAUGUCGGUCUCUUUAGAAAGUCAAAGAGUAAUAGUAGUACUGCCAAACGUCGUUAUGCCAAUAGAAAGCGUUGUCCACGUCUCUUUAUCAGUAAAUUUGAAGAUCUCCCAGACGACAUUAUCAAUGACCUCAAACAUGAAGAGAUACCAGUAUCCGAACUCAGAAAGAACAUCAAAGUAUUUUUGACUAUCAUCAAGUUCCUUACACGUCAAAAGAUUACCUAUAUUAGUCCCCCAUCUGAAAAGUCAGAGAAUAGUAAAGACGGUGCCACUGCCAAAAAGGAAAUCCAAACCUCUGCACUAGACGAAGAAUUGGAAUUGGAACAAAUCAAGGACGAAACUGAAAGAAAGACAAAGAAAUUAGAAUUAAAGUUGUCAAGAAAGAGAACAUUAACUGGUGUCAAACCUGAAUUCAUUACAAAGGCAUCUACCUUGGUUAAAACAAUUCCAGACAUUAAAAAGAAAAUGAAAUUUGGUCAAUUAAUUGGUAAAGGUGGAUAUGGUAAAGUAUUUGAAGCACAAUGGGAAAAGAAAAAGGUAGCAAUUAAAGUAGUACAUUAUAGAGAUGCCAAGGAACAAUUAAAUGUACAUUUGGAGAUUGGAUUUUUAAACAAAUGUCGACACCCAAACAUUGUCGAUUUCAAGGGUGCCGUGGUACACGACGGUCAAAUGUUUAUUGUCACAGAGUUUAUGCAAGGUGGUACGUUGGAGCAGGCAGUAUCGUCGAGUCAUAUUUUCAAAGAGACUCAUAUUGGUUACAUUGGAAAGGAGAUCCUCAAGGGUAUUGCUUACCUACACGAAAACAAAUUGGUGCAUCGUGACAUAAAGAGUGGCAACAUUAUGAUCUCGCUCGAAGGUGACAUCAAGUUGGUUGAUUUUGGGUUGUGUGCAUCUGUCGAAAAUGGUGCCAGUCACCAUAUGGUCGGCAGUCCCUAUUGGAUGCCACCCGAGAUGAUCAAGGGUGAGCCACACAGCUUCCCCGCCGACGUUUGGAGUUUUGGUAUCUGCAUGUUGGAAAUGAUGUACAGAAAACCACCUCAUCGUGAAUCUCGAUUCAAAUCCAUGUUUUACAACUCUACCCAAGGUAUCGAUGUCACUAAAUUCAAGUGUUCAUUAGAUCUCAAAGAUAUGCUUUGGCAAUGUUUUGAAAUGGAUCCUUCAAAAAGAUCAAGUGCUAAUAAGUUAUUAAGACAUCCAUUCUUCCAAAGAGCUGAAACCAAACAAGGAAUGAAGGGAUUAUUUGAUAAUAUGUUCUUACAAAGAAAUCUUAAUAAUACUGGUUUCUUUUAA